AUGAAGUUUGGACAACAAUUGCGAUCAUCACUAAUCAAAGACUAUUAUUGGCACUACAUAGCAUACGACGACCUCAAAGAUGCCCUCAGGACACCAUACGUUAGCGAGCCAUCAGACAGCAAUCCCUCCCCCGAGCGCAGACCUUGGAACGAAGACGAUGAGAAGGCAUUUGUCCAGCAGCUGGAGGGGGAACUCGACAAGGUCUUCACGUUUCAGAAGCUGAAGAGCGAAGAAAUCGUUCGAAGGAUCAAGGCCAGUGAGAGGGAGGUCAAGAUGGUGGUCGAGAAGCAGGACCGUUCCAACAAGCCAAAGGACAAACAAGAUCCGGAUCUUGAGGAAGACUUCGAGCUGCUGGAGGCGGAUCUGAGCGACAUCAUCGCAGAUGUUCAUGACCUCGCCAAAUAUACGCAGCUGAAUUAUACCGGCUUCCAAAAGAUCAUCAAGAAACAUGAUAAGCUGACGGAGUGGCACCUGAAACCCUCCUUCGCGACCCGCUUGCGAGCGAAACCUUUCUUCCAAGACAACUACGAUGCUUUUAUCGUUACUCUUUCGAAGCUCUAUGAUCUGGUUAGAACGCGGGGAAAUCCCAUCAAGGGUGAUAGCGCGGCUGGUGGUGGACAGCAAAACUUCGUGCGGCAGACAACCAAAUACUGGGUACACAGGGACAACAUCACGGAGCUCAAGUUGAUUGUCCUCAAGCACUUACCUGUCCUCGUCUUCAACCCCAACAAAGAGUUUGAAGAGAAAGACUCGGCAAUCUCAUCCAUCUACUAUGACAAUCCGGAGACAUGGGAACUGUACAUGGGCAGACUGCAGAAGACAGAGGGCGCCGAAGCUAUCCGGUUACGAUGGUACGGUGGAAUGGAGAAUGAAACGAUUUUUGUUGAAAGAAAGACACACAGAGAAGACUGGACCGGCGAGAAAUCAGUCAAGGCACGUUUCACCUUGAAGGAGAAAAAUGUCAAUGCAUUUCUAGCGGGCAAACUCGCUGUUGAGGAAGCAUUUGCGAAAAUGCGAAAGGAUGGCAAGAAGAGCAUAGAAGAGAUUGAGCAGCUAGAACAACUGGCAAGGGAGAUUCAGUACAGGGUCAUUACCCGAAAAUUGGUUCCCGUGACGCGGUCGUUUUAUCAUAGAACUGCCUUUCAGCUGCCAGGGGACGCUCGGGUCAGAAUCUCGUUGGAUACUGAACUUACGAUGACACGGGAAGAUAAUCUCGACGGACGACAACGAGCUGGAAAGAAUUGGAGAAGGAUGGAUAUCGGCAUUGACUGGCCUUUCAGCCAAUUGCCACCAGAAGAUGUCGAAAGAUUCCCAUAUGCAGUGUUGGAAGUCAAGCUGCAAACCCAGGCAGGACAAGAACCACCGCAGUGGAUUCGUGAUCUUACAGCAAGUCAUCUUGUUGAAGCGGUACCGAAGUUCAGCAAAUUUAUUCAUGGAACCGCCACUCUCUUUCCAGACCGCAUUCACCUUCUUCCUUUCUGGAUGCCUCAGAUGGAUGUGGAUAUCCGAAAACCAAUCACACAUCGAUUCGGGAUCGAAAGGCCAGGGCAAACAGCAAGCUACUCGACCAGUGACGACCCAAUGGACGACGAUGAGUCGGAAGACGAGCAGAACAACAAUGACAUUGACCAGACAACACCAAGAGAAGAGGACGAUUACGAAGAGGAAGAGGAAGAAGACAAGCACCUCAACCGUCUGCGAGCAGCAAGAGACGCCCUCAAUGAAUAUGACCGUGAUCGAGAACGUGACGCCAAUGCUGCACAUCAAGACAGCGGCGAAGAUGAAGCGCGUGGCUUCUCUCGUCCAAACGCCCUCGACGUCGAAGAACGCAUUGCCGCGCAGCCUCUACAGGAAGACCCGGGCAACUGCCCUCUCUAUGAUUCGGAAGAGGAGGACUCAUCCGACGAGUUGGAAGAAGCGAGACGAAGAGGCGGCUGGCUUUACGCGCGCAAAAUGGCCAAACACCGCGUCGCUAUCAUUGGGGACUCUCUUGCCGCUGGCCUAAAAAAGCUCUUCCUAACCACCAAACCAACCCCCUCGGCUACGAACUCCGGCAUUGGUGGCGUCAACCCGAUCGGAGGCGACGUGCACGCUCGCAAAUUCAAAGCGCCAAAAGGGAAACGCAUCCACGUGCCCGUGCGUGUGGAGCCAAAAGUUUAUUUUGCUGCAGAGCGCACAUUUUUGUCGUGGCUCGAGUUCAGCAUCAUCCUUGGCAGUAUUGCGGCCACGCUGUUGAAUUUCGGUGACAAGGCCAGUUUGGUGUCGGCUUGGGGUUUCACGAUUGUGGCGUGUUGCGGGCUGCUAUAUUCGGUGGGAAACUAUUAUCUCAGGGUGCAGAUGAUCAGGGAGAGGAGGGCAAGUUUGGGUCGGUAUUACGACAAAUGGGGUCCGACGGUGCUGUGUGUCAUGUUGUUCGUGGCGACGGUGAUUAAUUUUGCGUUUGUGAUUAAGGAGGAGGGUUGGUUUGAUCGCAGGGAUGAAGGGGAGGGUGGGAGUGGGAUGGGAAUGGGGAUAGGGAGGUUAGUUGAGAUGGGUGAGUUGAAGUAG